AUGAAGUUCCAAGCCGUUCUCUUCGUCAGCUUCCUUCCCUCAGUACUGGGAUGGUGGAACUGCAGAAUUCCUAAGGGAGGUGACCUCGGUACAUGCCUGUGGGAUGGCGACCUGAAGACGGAAUUGACUUGUGGCCAGGUAAAGCUCUCUCUUCUACUUUUGGACAUGAUUCUCACCAUCUUUGUCCGGUUUGAACGGGUCAAGUUGCUAAUUUGUUUGUGUAACAGGGCCACCCGUGCAAGACACUUGGCAACGGAUGUAUUCCUAUCGGUUCGGGAAUUGCGAACUGCUCGUAGACAAACAGAGGGUGUGCACUUUUGGAUACGGAACUACCUUAGGUCCAAGAGGUGCUGCUGGAUACUGCAUGUGGUCUUAGAUUAUUACGGUGAUAUUUUGGAAAAGAUUCCCUCCUAA